AUGUCGGAGAGCGAUUCGUACAGCUCGGAGGAGAGCUACGGGUGGAUCAGCUGGUUCUGCAACCUCGAAGACCACCAGUUCUUCUGCAAGGUCGACGAGGAGUACAUCCGCGACAGCUUCAACCUCUACGGACUGAAGCAAAUGUUCGAUCACUACGUACCCACUCUCCCAUCAAGCGAUGCGCUUUAAAUGGUCCUGCGUCCUGACCCGCCCGAGGAAGAAGAGCUUGAAGAUGAGGUAAUAGUUGUGAGAUGCAGAUACCUCUCCAUCUACCAGGAGGCGACGGAUAUCUACGGACUGAUCCACGCGAGAUACAUAAUAACGCCGAAGGGCCUGGCGAUAAUGCGCGACAAGUACCAGAAGGGCGCUUUCGGUUGUCCUCGGGUGUUGUGCGAGCGCCAGCACACGCUGCCGAUCGGUAUGAGCGAGUAGAUCCGCACCUCGCGCGUGAAGAUCUUCUGUCCGCGGUGCCAGGAGGUCUACAUGCCGAAGAAGAAGUGCCACGAUAUCGACGGAGCCUAUUUCGGUUGUUCCUUCGCGCAUAUCCUGCUGAUGGUCUACCCCGAUAUGCUGCCCAAGUCCAUCGAGACCAAGUACGUGCCCAAGGUAUACGGGUUCAAGAUCUACGGCAGGAAGGGAUCCAAGUACGAGAAGAAGGAGGACAAGAAGGAAAUCACCUACUACACCCAGGAGGAACUGAAGAAAAUCAAAUCCCGCAACGAUCCACGCAGGAAGGAAGAGGAACACUGA